UUGACAGAAAAGCCGACUCUUUUUUUGGAAUUCCACGGUCAUACUGAUGAUGAUGUGAAGCAGCAAACAAAAUUAGUUGGUGAAAUAAUCUCUAAUUUCAAAGGUAAAGGAUUUCUUUGGAGUAACAGUGCCAAAGAAAAUGCUCGUUUGUGGACUGCUAGACAUAAUGCGUAUUACGCUAUUGUAUCAGAAAAAAAGGGAUGUAGGAUAAACUUCUCGCCUACCAAUGGAUUUUCAACUGACGUUUGUGUAUCGAUUUCUAGACUUGCCGAAAUAAUUACAGAGACAAAAAAGGAUAUUGAUACUUCCGGAUUAGUUGGUGCCAUAGUCGGACAUGUUGGCGAUGGUAAUUUCCAUUGUAUCUUUUCUGUUAAUGAAAACGAUCGAAGUGAAAUGAAAAAAGUAUGGGAAUUAUCGGAUCGGCUGAUUAUGCGAGCAUUGUCAAUAGGAGGAACAUGCACUGGCGAGCACGGAAUAGGCAUUGGUAAAAAAGAGUAUUUGAAGAAAGAAAUUGGUUUAAUUGGACUGAAAACUAUGAGUGUCAUAAAACAAGCUUUAGAUCCGAAUGGUAUCAUGAAUCCUGGGAAGUUGCCACCUCAGACUAUAUCAAUCUCUUCAAUCGUUAUUCAGUUUUCAACUAAUUUACCUCGUUUUCCUUUUUUCCAUAGAUCAGAUUUAUGA